CUUAAAAUUAUCAUCAAAAGUGAGACGAAAUUUAAAUAAUGAAAAUUUCACAUUUUUAUUAUUCACUCAUUUCAAUAUUAUUGUGCUGCAUAUUUGAUUCGGUAGCAUACUAUAACAAAUCGAGCGGAUUGAAUCGAAAUGGAAAGUUUUUAUUUGAUGCAUUAUUCGGCUUAGAAUCUGCCAUUGAGGAAGCAGCAGCUGACGAGGAAACGUCGAGCUCAAAUGUCGUUAAGGCUUGUAAUUGUGAAUGUGGAACUGCCAACCAAGAGAUUAGAAUAGUAGGUGGCCGUCCAACUGGCAUCAAUCAAUAUCCAUGGGUAGCCCGACUUGUAUACGAUGGGCAAUUUCACUGUGGCGCAUCGCUACUGACACCCGAUUACGUUCUAACGGCCGCACAUUGUGUUCGAAGGUUACGAAGAUCUAAGAUACGUGUUAUUUUAGGUGACCACGAUCAAUUUAUCACAAGCGAAACGCAAGCGAUUAUGCGAGCGGUUAGCGCCAUAAUUCGGCACAGAAAUUUCGAUUCGAAUACGUACAAUCAUGACAUUGCUUUAUUGAAACUGAGAAAGCCGGUUACGUUUACGAAGACAAUCAAACCGGUCUGUUUGCCAGUCGACAAUGAUGAUCCGGCAGGUAAAUCUGGAAUAGCAGUGGGCUGGGGACGAACGUCUGAGGGUGGAUCAUUACCAGGAAUUGUACAACAUGUUACCGUUCCCAUUCUUACAUUACAACAAUGCAGGAAUAUGAAAUAUCGAGCGUCUAGAAUCACAGCGAACAUGAUUUGUGCUGGUAAAGGAAAAACGGACUCUUGCCAAGGCGAUAGCGGUGGGCCACUGCUGGUCAGCAAUAAAGAGAAAUUUGAAAUUGUUGGAAUUGUAUCUUGGGGUGUUGGAUGCGGACGAGCUGGAUAUCCAGGUGUAUAUACGCGGGUGGCAAAAUAUAUGCCAUGGCUACGAGCUAAUUUAGACGGUUGCUUAUGUAAAUAAAAUAUUUAAGUAAACAAAAGAAGGGGGUUUCGUAUUCAGGAAAAGAAAACUCCUCAACGAGAAAGUGCUAAAAAUGCCGAAUAGCGAAAGGACGUUGUAACUCUGUGGAACAAAAAUACAUAGCAAAAAAUAUGCAGACAAAUUGGUACAUUAUAAAACAUGGACUGUAUUUUCUGCUCUAACUGCACAUGUUUUGGCAAAAGUCGAACUUUUACGUGGCUGAAAUUAGCACAAAGUUUUACCGAAAUUGAUUUCUCCUGUAGGUACGAAAUGGAAAUAAAAUCAAGUAAA